UAGUUAAUCAAGCGGAACUGAGAGAGGCUAUAGGCUUGCAUGCUCUGCAUGCUCUCUUCCACCGCACAAUAUUGGCUUGCACACUCUGUUCCACCGCACAAUAUAUAAAGUGUGGAUUCUGAAAUACCAGUAAACUCCCUGCUAGAACCCAGAAUAAUUGCUACACUCUGUAAUGGAGCCUCUGGGAGCAACAACUAUUUUCCUGGCAGUGUGCAUCUCUUGCCUUCUUUUCCUUUCAGCAUGGAAAAAGAUGUCUGGAAGUGGGAAUCUGCCACCUGGCCCUGUUGCUUUUCCCAUCAUAGGAAAUGCACUGCAGCUGUAUAAGAAGAACUUGCCCCAAUCAAUGCGUGAGCUCAGUGCAAAGUACGGCCCGAUUUUCACAAUAUAUUUGGGCUCAGAGCGGGUUGUGGUGCUGUAUGGACAUGAAGUUGUGAAGGAAGCGCUGAUUGAUCAAGGGGACGAGUUCAGUGACAGAGGACUCUGGCCCCUCCUUCCUUUCUUUCCCUUUCUCUUCCCUUUUUCAGGUAUUUCUAUGGCCAGUGCGGUGCCGUGGAAGGAGCUACGCCGAUUUACCCUCACCACUUUGAGGGAUUUUGGGAUGGGGAAGAAGAGCACUGAAGAGCGAAUCCUGGAGGAAGCCCAUUUCCUACUUGACAGGCUUCCUCAGUACUGCUGGCGGCCCUUUGACCCCACCCUCUUCCUCAACCAUUCUGUCUCCAAUGUCAUCUGCUCCAUCGUCUUUGGGGACCGGUUUGACUAUGAAGAUAAGAAGUUUGUGACUUUAAUAAAUCUCAUAGAGGAAAGUAACAAGCUCCAGUGCUCUCCCUGGACAGCGCUGUACAAUUUUUUCCCGACUCUCAUGCAUUACAUCCCUGGGCCUCACCAGAGAAUCUUUAAACACUUUGAGGAGUUGAGAAAGUUUGUUCUAGAGAGAGUGGAGAUGCACAGAGAGUCCCUGGAGCCCAGCUGCCCUCGAGACUUCAUCGAUGCUUUCCUCAUCAAAAUAAAACAGGAGCAACACAACAGCCAGUCAGAAUUUACCACUGAGAACAUGUUAAGAAGAACAUUAGGCUUAUUCUUUGCUGGAACAGGGACAACCAGUGCCACCUUGAAACAUGGACUCCUGCUUCUUAUGAAAUACCCAGAAAUAGAAGAGAAGGUUCACGAAGAGAUUGACCGUGUGAUUGGCCGAAGCCGAAGCCCCUGCAUGGCGGACCGAAGCCAGAUGCCCUAUACAGAUGCUGUGGUCCAUGAGACCCAGAGAUUCGUCUCUCUUGCCCCUCUUGGUGUCCCACGUGCUGUGACUAGAGACACUCGUUUCAGACAAUACAUUAUCCCCAAGGGCACCACUAUAUUCCCUGUACUGCAGUCAGUCCUAUAUGACAGCAAGGAAUUUCCAAAGCCAGAGCAAUUUAACCCAGGGCAUUUCUUGGAUGAAAAUGGUGCCUUCAAGAAGAGUGACUUCUUCAUGCCUUUUUCUAUAGGGAAACGGAGUUGCGUGGGAGAGGGUCUGGCUCGGAUGCAGCUAUUUUUGCUACUGACAACGAUUUUGCAGAACUUUACCUUGAAGCCUCUCAUUGACCCCAAGGAUAUUGAUAUAACUCCGAUGACAUUAACCUCAAAUGCCCCAAUGUCCUACCAGCUCAUUGUUAUUCCUCGGUAAAUACCUUGAAAAGUCACCUCCAUUUCCUGAGGUGAUUAAUUUGAUUGUCUGUGAUCUUGAACUCCUUAAUACAGUGACAGAAAUUAACUAAUUGCCAGGAAAUGCACAGACAAAUUAGUCAACUUUUUAAGUAACUAGGAUUUAACAAAAUUAAGUGUUAUACCAUAAAAUAACUACAUAAUUGACUCUAAUGGCAUGUACAAUAAUCCUGCAGUGUUCUCAAAUGGGCUCAGGUGUGAAUCUAUUCUCAACAUAAGCUGUUUUUAGUUCAUUUGUGGUGUAGUUGACACCCAUGAAAGCUUCUUUGACAGCUGUAAAGGCUGCUCUGUUCACAAGGAGCUAGUAACAAUGUCCAGCAUUUUGGGUUUGUUCAGCCAAUGCUAGCGAAUUAUGACGAUGACAUUCUGCUUCAGUGGGGAGAGUUUCUGUGGCAGGGGACUGAACUGGCGUUUGCACUCCCCACUUUACCCAAGCAGGUUCAGAUAAAUUCAGUAGGAUUAAUCUUUUACUCUUCAUACAGAUUCUUUCUAUAAUUUUUGUAACUCAACUCUGGCGUCUUAAAUCUAUAAAAUAAAAUUCCAGGAAUGUC